CCGCACCGCCCGCCGCUCCCGGCCCCAGCCAGCCCGGCGCGGGCGCCCCGCCGCCGGCUCCGCUCCCGCUCCCGGCCCCGGCCCCGGCCCCGCUCCCCCGAGCGCCAUGGACACAUAGCCGCGGAGCCACGCAGGAAGAUGCGCAGUUCCAUCCCAGGCCUGGGCAGGGUGAUGGUGUUCCUUGCGGCAGCCUUGGCAUCAGCCUCCCUCACGGUCCCUGAGGGCUGGGGAGAGGAAGGUGUUCAGUAUGGACAGGUGGGGACAGAGGUCACCCUUUCAUGCACCGGUACCCAUGCCAGCUCUCCAGUGCAAUGGAGGCGGGCGGGUGCUGCGGCACUGCCAGAGGGCUCGGCCAUCAGGCAGGGAGCCCUGGUGCUGCCGCACGCCAGCUUGGCCACCGCAGGAACCUACAGCUGCCACAGCGAGGACGGUGACCUCCUGCAUGCAGUGUCCCUGCGGCUGGGGUACCUGCCGGGAGUCCCCUUUGUGUCCUGCAGAGCAUCCGACUAUGAGAAUUUUUCCUGCUCCUGGACCUCCAGUGUGGAGACCUUCCUCCCCACCAGAUACAUCACGACCUACAGGAAGAAGUCGCUGACAGGCGAAGAGAAGCGGAGGAACAAGAAUGGGCAUGUGGGGCCGUGCCUGCAGGAUCCAUCCCGUCCUGGCACUUGCACAGUUCAUGGGUCAGAGUUCUGGAGUUCCUACCGCCUGAACAUCACUGAGGUGAACCCACUAGGCUCCAGCUUCCGCCUCCUCGACGUCACCAUGCAGGCCAUCAUUAAGCCGGACCCUCCAGAGGGCUUGGUGGUGGAGCCCAUCCCCCUGGCACCACGGCGGCUCCAUGUGAGCUGGAAGUACCCCUCCUCCUGGCCCAAGGAGCCCCACUUCCAGCUCAGGUUUCGACUCCAGUACCGGCCCAUCAUCCACCGCUCCUGGUCUGUGGUGGAGACAGUGAACCUCUCUGAGGUGAUCACAGAUGCCUUUGCUGGGCUGGAGCAUGUCGUCCAAGUCAGUGCCAAGGAUUUCCUGGAUGCGGGGAACUGGAGCGAGUGGAGUGCCGAGGCCCGGGCGACACCAGUCAGAGACCCAGCCACCACGGUGAGUGAAGAAACCACUACAGAUGCCAGCCUUGAGAGCGUGGCUGAGGAGCCCUCCCAGGCUCCCAACCCUGAGCCCAUCAACCGCAGCGAUCCCCUGGAGAAGAUGGCCAUCCUGGUGUCCCUUGGGAUCUUUGCCUUCUUCGUACUGGCUGCUGUUCUCGUCAUCACCAUCCUCAUCUGGUUCCGGGUGAGGAAACACAGCAAGGACGAGACCAAACCCCACAACUUCUUGGUUGCUGCCACCCACUUGAAGACGCUGCCGACAGAGGCUCAGAUCCUGUAGUGAGCCCUGGCCGACCCCUGCUCCUGCUUGCCCACGCGUGGGACUUGAUGCCACCUGGGUCACCCCAUGGCCGUGGACAUUGCCGGAACCCCCACACCCUGGGGGUGCAGGAUGGACCUUAAGGAGAGAAGCUCUGCUCCCAGAAGCUUAGGGCUGCCCAUGCCCACCAGGAGCCACUGGAGGCACCUUGGACUCAGGGCAACGGGCAGCCCCGCUGCUGGGCGCUGCUGAACAUAUGGGGAUGAAACACUGAGCCAGUCCCACUUCACUGCCUAGUGUCGAGGGGGACCAUGGGUGCAGGCUCCCAGGGGUGUCGGGCAUCAGUGAGCAGGGGGUGCUGAGCCCUGCCCGUCAUCCCAACACCAGCCACCAGCAGGCAGAAGGGACAACCCCCCGUCCCUCUGCCCCUCACCCCCGUGCUGUGGCUGAACGGAGCAGUGACACCAAUAAAGGGGAUAGUAUUGGCACUGCC